AUGAGGAUGGAGGAUGAUGACCCUCUGACAAGCUCUCUCAAGGACCAAACCGUGGAGGUGACAACACUGACCUUCAACACUAACAAAGUAGAGAGGAUCAUACAGAGAGGCAAAUGUCUGGGUCACAGUAGUAGUGGCAGCACCAUCUAUGCUGGGAUGGACAAAGCUAGCGGUGAUCUGGUGGCCGUAGCUGAGUGGGUGAUGCAGUGGAGAAAUGUGGGCAAAAGACAGAAUUCCUGGGAUAGGGAAGAUGACAAGGAAGGAGAGGCCCACCUGAAACAGGUUCUGAGCAUUGAGCAGGAGAUGGCAGCACUGCUUCGAUUGCACCACCCCAACCUCAUCCGCUAUCUAUCUUGGCGACAUCAGUACCAACCAGGCAGGAUUACUGUCAAU